CAGAGGGGGCUGGGUAGGGCAGGACCCAAAGGGCCAAGGCCUAGGAGCCACUUCCUCUUUCCCACCAAGGAGCAAUGUCACUCCCACAGUCCCCAACCCCUCAAGUCCUGCUCUAUUCCAGGCAAGUCCUGGCCAGGGGGCUGUGGGAAGAAGAGGCAUCAGGAACAAAAGUCUCCUUCCCUUAGCCCAAUCCUGUUGUGCCUUAGGAGGGGACAGAGACUAGAGAACCAAGGUGAGUCAGAGAAAGGGCUCCUUCAGCCUGCAGCAGCCCCACCCCAAACCCCAUCCUAAGGCCAAAUCAAAUCCUAAGGCAGCUUUAACCUCACAUGGAAUCCCAGACCCAACCCCAAUCAUAAACCCAGCCCAGCCACACCUCCAACCUCAACUGCAAAUCAACUCAGUCCCAACUCUACAAGGAGGCUUAACCUAAACUCAGCAACCUCCACAUCAGGAACAUUCUCCACAUCAGACCAAUCCUAACUGGGCCCCCAAUUCCAAACCUAAGCCUAGCACUGCCCUGUUCCCAGUCUAACCCUGACCCUAAUCCAAAUCCCAGUUCAAACCCCAACAUGGACUCCCAUCCGCAACUGCUACAACAGUCCACCCCAUUAUAACAGCCCCAGGGCCGACCCCUCACCUAAAGCUGAUGUUCCUUAAUCCCACUCAGGUCCACCCAGCCCCCAGCAAUCCCAGCAUGGCCUGAGUGUUCCUGAUGCUCAUCCCUUUCCAGCACCCCUUUUAGUCCCAGAGGGAUCACUGGCCUCACCUCCAACCCAACUCCUUCCAGACCUCUACCCGGUGGGGUGGGAGACCUCUGCAGGCACACACGUGCACAUCCACACACCUUAGCACACGAAGAAGUACAUGUUAACACACACAGACACAUAAACUUACACACACCCCCCAAAGCAUGCUCAAAUACGUACACCUUGGCACACACACACAUCCCAAUAUAAACACACACACUCCCUCAUAUACAAAGACACACCUCAGCAUACAUAUGCACACACCCCAGCAUAUGCACAAAUGUAACAUAAACUCUGUGAUACACACAUCUACAUACGCACACACACCUUUCAGAGUACACACACACAUCUUGGCAUGCACAACACAUUCCUCAAUGUAAAUGCAUGCACCUGGGUGUACACAGACACACACACCAGCAAGGGGAGUGAAGUCCAGUCUGAGGUGGAUCAAAUGCUUCCUGCCCCUCCCUGAGGCCUGGGCCCCUUUGUAGUUCCCUCCUCCAGGGGCUCUGCACCUUCCAGCUCCUUCUUCAGUGCUGAUUACGCAGCAGGCCCAGGGAUUACCCACCCGCUUUUUGGAGCUGUCGGGGCAACUAGCUAGGAUAUGAAGUAGCAAGAUUGCGAGCUCAAGGAGAUGCUUUCUUCUGUGUGCUAGGGCCGCUUGCCAAAGAUCACAUAGUGAGAUCACAGUGAGCACGCAGUGCAGAUGGAGGUCAGUCCCAGUGGGAUCAGAUUGGGGGUGCAGAGGACACAUCAGGCAGUCUCACCUGCAAUCUCAUCGGGAAAAUCUCAGGUGAGGACACUCUGAGGCUGCUGGGCAGGCAGGAUCAAGGGACCAGCACAUGAAGAGGCCAGACUGUGGCUUAGACAGGCAGGUGAUACAAAGGGGCAGUGAGAACCAGGAUCUGCUGCUGAUUACAAUGUAACUCAAUGGCCCCGUACAGAGUGCUCCCUGUGUACCAGGCAUUUAAAGCCUCAUCUAAUCCUCAAAACCGUAACACCUGUCUACAAGGCAGGUAUUAAUAUUGGUCCCCACAGAGGACUCUGGGGUCUAGACUCAGAAAGGGUCUAAUCAAUAUCCUGGGCCUCUCUUACCUCUUACUUUCCCAGACAUAACACCCUCUGCACAAAAUGAUCCUCUACCCUAUCCCAUCUCAGAGAACCCCCACCCCAGCCCCAUUCUCCAGGCAUCAGUAUUGACACCACCUCCUUGGGAAACCCUCCCAAGCUGCCCUGCCGCCCCCCUUGUGAGGUGGCCUCUCCCUGGCACCCACCCCAGUAGCAGCCCUGUUGCCCCCACCCUAAUGGCCCUGAGUGUCCUCACUGUCUGGGUUUGGGCCUCCAUCCUGAAGGGUAGGGCUUGGUCUGCAGGCCCCACCCCACAGCACAGGGCCCGACCCAGCCCGCCCGUGGGUCAAAAUGGUGCCCUGGGAGCGGCCCAGGGCUCUGCCAGGCUCAGGGUUGAUCUCUUAUCUCUCAGGGCUGCCUUGAGCCUUAUCUGAUGGGGCCUGACAGGCAGCAGAUGAGACACUGACACAAGCUCAGGGUUAUUCAGUAACCCUGACCUCUUUAAAGCCCCACUGUUUCCUGCGACAUCCAGACCAGCUGCUCCUCCAACUAGGGCUGAGAGAGAACUGCAGUCAUGAACACCUUCCUGCUCUCAGUGCUGUGCCUCCUGGGAGCCUGGGCCACCCUGGCAGGGGCGGUCACCGUGCAGGAUGGAGACUUCUCCUUUUCCCUGGAGUCAGUGAAGAAACUUAAAGACCUCUGGGAUCUCCCGGAGCCUAAGAUUGGGAACUUCAGGAAGCUUGUGCCCACCCUUGGUAAGCCUGUGGCUCCUGUGAUCUGCAGCUAUGAAGCGUUUCCAGAAGAAAUCAGGCCUGUUUGCAAGGAGCCCAAUGCUGAGGAGAUCCUGCAGAGGCUGGAGGCCAUCGCUGAAGACCCGAGCACGUGUGAGAUCUGUGCCUUUGCUGCCUGUGCUGGAUGCUAGGGCGGUGGUGUUCGCUGCCCUCUCCCAACUUUGCAGGGAAGCCCUGUCUUCUGCUGGAGGGGCAGCCUGUGAUAUUCCCACACCCAGCUGCACAACCUGCCCUGCCCCAGAAUUGGGGGUGGGGGUUGGGGGUGAGGAGAGAACAGCCCAGAGAGGGGCAGGGGUACUAGAGAUCCAGCCAAUGCUCGACUAAUAAACCA